AUUUCCCAGGAAUAUUUCGUCUGAAGUGGUGUGUGUUAAUCACAAAGGCAUCAGUUGGUUGUGUAUAUAGGCCUAACAUUUUUAGGUAUAUAAAACCUCAGAAAGACCAGAUAUUGGUUCAAAGAUCAUCCGAGAUGUCGAAUGGACUCAUGCUUGGUGUGAAAGCUGCAAUCCUGACUGCAGCUAUCAUAGCAGCCGUCCUCUGCGGCAUGCUGCUCAUACCCGACAAGGACGAUCCUCAACGCGACUUCCAACUCGUGUUCAACGAUGACGUGAUCGAGAUCAAGAAUGCCGAAGAUUUGAGACUGAUAAGGGGACAGGUCGGGGUCAUGUUUGAGGAAGGCGAUGCUCAACAAACACCCUGUACAAAGGACGAAUCGGUCAUCGAGUGUUACGAAUGGCCUUCGAUUGCCAAGUUAGAAGUUCGAAUCGAGGAGGACGAGAAUGUGACGUGCCAUGACUACCAAUGGAGAGCAUCAGCGGAGAACAUCAUCCUGCAGGACUGCUACGAGAUCGACGAAGCCCACUGGUACGGUGGAGCAGCCAUCUUCAACCAGCACUGGCCAAUCAACGAAUGGAACGAGCCAAUGACUAUAUUUGGUUCAGCCAAUAUGUACAGGAAUCCGACUUGGUAUGGCUCUUUGGUCGAGCGAUAUUUUGUGUCUUCCAAGGGCGUCGGUGUAAGGCUAUCCCACAACACACCUCUGUACGUCAGCAUCAACGCCAGUAACGAUGGCAAGAUCUGCUUCAGAGGACAAUAUCCACUUAAUGCAGAUUCAUAUUCCUCUUAUCCAAACCCGAAUAACGACUUGCCUGUCUUGGAUUAUAAGAUAUGUACUGCCAAAGACGUCGUCACUGUUCAUGAAUACAUGUCGAAGAGGUUUGUGAAGAAACCUACAGGCAUGCCGGAUACCCGAAUGAUGAAAUCACCGGUCUGGUCGACAUGGGCUCGGUACAAAAAGUUCAUAAACGAUAGAAUUGUAUUAGCCUUUGCACAUGAGAUUAUUGAUAACGGUUUCAAUAACAGUCAAAUAGAGAUAGAUGAUGGUUACUCUUACAGAAACUUUGGAGACUUCAUUUUUGACCCUGAAAAGUUUCCGGAUCCUAAAAAUAUGACCGAUGAGUUACAUGCUCUCGGCUUCAGGGUCACAUUGUGGAUUACGCCAUUUGCCAACCAGAAUACAGAGGCUUGGAAAGAAGGUGACUACAAUGACUACUGGGUGAAAGACUCGGUAGGAAAUACUGCCGAAGUGUUUUGGUGGAACGGACCACGAGCUGGAAUGAUCGAUGUCACUAACCCAAAGGCUGUUGAUUGGUUUGUUGGAAGGCUCAAGCAAGCACAGGCAGAUUAUGGUAUCGAUUCGUUCAAAUUCGAUGCGGGUGAGACACAGUACCUUAGCAGCUACCACACCAAGGAACCGUUGAUCAACCCCUGUGAGUUUACAACAAAAUGGGUCCAACUGGCUGGACAACUAGGAAACUUGAUAGAAGUUAGAUCUUCAUUUGAGAAUCAGGGACAGUCAACUUUCCUGCGUAUGAUGGACAAAGAUUCUCACUGGGGCUGGGACAAUGGUCUCAAAACCCUUAUCACCACUGCCCUUACGUAUAGUGUCCUUGGUUAUUCCUAUGUCUUACCCGAUAUGAUCGGAGGCAAUGGAUAUCCAUUCUUUUCUAUCUUUCCUGAUCGUGAACUAUACGUCCGAUGGCUCCAGAUCAACGCCUUCCUUCCCGCCAUGCAGUAUUCAAUCUCACCAUGGCAGUACAACGACACCGAGAUCGUUGAAAUCGCGCUUCGGUGGACGAGUUUCCACGAGAAUGUCGUCACUCCGAAAAUGAUCAAGCUAGCCGAGGAAGAAUACAUCACAGAAGGGAAGCCCCUGGUCCGCCCACUAUGGUGGAUAGCUCCGACUGACCCAGAAACCUUCGUCAUCGACUCGCAGUUUCUCGUCGGUGACGACAUGCUUGUGGCGCCCAUUAUAGAUGAAGAUGCACGGUCACGUGAUGUGUACCUUCCAGCGGGCCUAUGGAAGGAUGAGAUACACAAUUCAAUGCAUGAAGGGGGCACAUGGCUUCGUGACGUCAAAUGCGAGUUGGAUGAAAUUCUCUACUAUACCAAACAGGAUAAUUAACUGUCAGCUACAACCAGACACCCCGCCCCCAUCUCGAAGGUGUGCAUAUUUUGCGAUUACAAUGGGAAC